AUGCCUCUGAAGGCGGCGGCCGCCGCUUGGCGGAGACGGUCUCCCAGAGCCACCGCCAGAAAAUCCACCCGCCCAGUCUCUUCCUCCAUAUCCACCUCCGAUGCUUCCUCUUCUACUCCACCAGUGCCCUCCCCUAAAAUCGAAACCACCUCUGAAUCCAACGCCAAUGAAGUUUCUCCCACAAAACCCCUAGAAACCGCCUCGUUUAUCUCCCCUGAAACUCCCAAAGAAGCUGAGAAGAUUGCUGAGACAAACCCUAAAAAUAGCGAAGAAAUGGGGCGAGAUGAGAAUCCAUAUGAGAAGGUUUAUGAAACCGCUGUGAUUGGAGAUGGUGUGACGAUGGCGACGAAGAAGAAGGGAGCUAAAACUGUGGUGAAGAAGACAGUGAGGGUAGUGAAGAAAGUGGUGAAGAAGAGGGUGCCAAAAAAGGUGCAGGCUUCCUCGUCGAAUGAAGAGUCGGUGAAAUCAGAAGUGGAUAAUGAUGGUCAAAACCCUAAUUCUAGUGUUUUGGGUGCAAUAGGUGUUGAGAAGCCUAAACCUCUUAUGUCUGAUUCAAUGGAAGCAGAGAAUCUUAAGCCUGAUCCUAAUGAUUCUGUGUCGUUGGAAGUCGAAAUUCGUAAUUCUGAUGUCGCUGUUUCGAUGGAAGCUGAAAAUCCUAAUUCUGACCCUGCCAAUUCUAUUUCAAUGGCAGUUGAAGACUCCAUUUAUAAUGUUACUGGUUCAAUGGAAGUUGAUAAGCCAGAGGAGGCUGAGGCUGAGGCUGAGGCUGCUGAAGCAAAAGAUAAUGAUUCUUUGAAUCAUCAAAACUUAUCUGAAGCUCCAGUUUCGGAUUUGAUUGAGGAUAAGAAAAAUGGGAAUGAAGGUGAACUGGUUGUUUCCACAACUGAAGUUCAGUUAGGAGAUCAAAAAGUGGGAUUAGUUCCAAACCAGGGAGAUGAAAUUGAGAUUGAGAAUGUGGAUUCUGAAGGUGAUGAGGGCAAGAAGGGAGCAAAGCAAGAGGUGGAGAAUUGUGAUGUUAGUGGUUUGAAGGGGGAAUUUGGGAUGGGUGAUGGCUUAGUAUUGAGUGCGGAAAUGGAGGCAUUGGAGCGGCGUAAGAGGCGCAAGACUGAGAUUUUCAUUGGUGGGUUGGACAAGGAUGCAAAGGAGGAAGAUGUCAGGAAAGUUUUUCAGCAGGCAGGUGAGAUUGUGGAGGUGAGUUUGGUGAUGAAUGAUAAGACAGGUAAGAAUAAAGGUUUUGCAUUUGUCCAGUAUGCUUCAGCUGCUGAUGCUAUGAAGGCAUUAGCAAAAUUUUCCAAAGUUGAGAUUUGUGGAAAGCAAUGUAGCGCUACACCUGUCGAGGGCAAUGACACAAUUUUUCUCGGUAAUAUUAACAAGAAGUGGAAGAGUGAAGAUAUUGGAAACCUCAGAAGAAUGUCUUCGAAAAGCUGCUUAGCCUUUAAAGACUUCAAAGCAGCAUCGGCAUCUACGGCCCUCCGCUCGGCCAUGAACAUCAGUGCUUCGGCCUUCUUCUUUGCAUCUUCCAUCUCCUUUAUAUCCUCUCCGGCCGCCUUCAAGGACAUAUCAGCAUCAGCCAACAUGUUGAUCGUCUUAACCUUCUCUUGCUCCUCACGAUGCCGCCUUUCAUCCAUGAUGUGCAUCCUCUGA